UAGGAACCCUACCCUAUCCGUAUCUUUCUCUCUCUAUCCUCUCGAUAUAUGUAAAUCCCAUCCAGAAGAACAUCACUGUUUAUCCUCAUUUAAAUCUCAUUCUUCAAUCAUGCCAGGCCCCGUUGUCAUAGAAGAAGAAGAAUCUUUGAAGAAGAUUGAGAGCGAUGAACCAAUUGUUGAAGACGUCAAAGAAGAAGAUGACCACGAUGAUGAUGAUUCUGAUGAUGAAGACGAUGAUAAGGAAGAAGAUGGUGUCCUAGGUACAAAUGAUGGUUCGAAACAGAGUAGGAGUGAAAAGAAAAGCCGAAAGGCAAUGUUGAAAUUGGGAAUGAAACCAAUUACAGGUGUCAGUAGGGUUACCAUUAAGAGAACAAAAAAUAUACUGUUUUUCAUAUCAAAGCCUGAUGUGUUCAAGAGUCCAAACUCUGAAACAUAUGUUAUAUUUGGAGAAGCAAAGAUAGAGGAUUUGAGUUCUCAAUUGCAAACUCAGGCUGCCCAACAGUUUAGGAUGCCAGAUAUGGCAUCUAUGAUGUCGAAAUCAGAGAUUGCUGGAACUGGGACUGGAGCUCAGGUUGAAGAGGAAGAAGAUGAAGUUGAUGAGACGGGUGUUGAGCCGAGGGACAUUGAAUUGGUGUUGACACAAGCGGGUGUGUCGAGAUCUAAGGCUGUUAAGGCUUUGAAGGUUCAUAAUGGUGACAUUGUUAGUGCUAUUAUGGAGCUUACUACUUAGAGUAGGUAUUUAUUUUGUUAUUGUGUUAUGUUCUUGGUAUUCAAAUGAUUCUAAGAUGGUGUGAUGAAACCAUCUGGCAUUUUGUUUUCUUUUUAAUGUUAUUAUGUUGUCAUUUGGACAUGAAUUUAUGAAGCAUUGAUCUUUGAAUAUUUCAAUU